CUCGUCUCUCGCGAGAGGCAUAACGGAAUUCGGUCGCGAGGAAAAGUCAACAAAUAACGCAGUUGCAGCCUGCAGGCAGCGAGCGAGGUUGAGCGAGGUUGAGCGAGGUGUUCCGCGAGCGCCGAUCGGAGAUGAGGUUAGAUGACGGACUCGAGAUAGUCCUUCCGCCUGGUAACAUGUCAGAUGGGGUUGACGGUGGUGGUGGGGAAAACGAGGUAGACUCCCAUUCCUCUUCGCAAGCCGAGGCUGGAGACUCUUCUAAUCACAGGGAGGAAGAGGCACUGGAUCCCGAUAACGAGGCGGCUCUCAAUACCAAUUACGACAGUAGCGAUGGAGCUGUUCCUGCGUUUAGAUGUGAUAGAUGCGAUAAUUAUGAAACUAUAAACAAGACAGCCUUCUCCGCUCAUCAAGAUCAAUGUCUUGCGAGCGGCGAAGCCGGGGAGAGCGCUGAAGGCAUAGAAGGGGCAGAAAAUGAUGGGGAUGGAGAGGAGGGUCAUUCGGGGAUCAGGUCUCAUAGAAAGAUGUUUGAAUGUGAUGUCUGUAACAUGAAGUUUUCAAAUGGAGCUAAUAUGAGGCGACACAAAAUGAGGCAUACAGGCGUAAAACCAUAUGAAUGUCGGGUAUGUCAGAAGAGAUUCUUUCGGAAGGACCAUCUUGCGGAACACUUUACAACGCAUUCAAAAACUUUGCCAUACCAUUGCCCGAUAUGUAACCGAGGUUUCCAAAGACAGAUCGCGAUGCGCGCUCACUUUCAGAACGAGCACGUUGGUCAGCACGAUAUGGUCAAGUCAUGCCCUCUCUGCAAUUAUCGUGCGGCGACCAUGAAAUGCCUUAGGUUGCACUUCUUUAAUAGACAUGGAAUAGAUUUAGAUAAUCCAGGACCAAAUAGCUCUACGUCCAUAAUGAAUAGUUGCACAUCCGGGGAGGCGAUGCCAUCGGCACCUCUGUCCGACAGCGGGGACAGCACUGGCAACCGUUCGACCGACAACGCCACACCCCCCAUGCAUUUCCUCACGCCCCAUGUGGAGAUAUCCAUUCCUUAUCCCGAACAAGCUGCCAACCAACGAAAUCCAAGUCCUGCCCCGUUGAACGGAGACAGUCCCAAUAGUCCGCAGAGCGCCGACAGCAAUAGCAACGCGCCGAGCAGUAGUCAUCAUCAGUUAUCUAUCAAUAGCAGUACCAUUCAUAGGAACGUAGGCGGAGGCGACGAAGCCAUUACACCUUCGAUCUCCCUGAUACCUAUCAAGCAAGAGCCCAACAGCAACGGUAUGGACGACAGCGGGGCGACGUCUAGUAAUCUACCGUUGCCAUCGCUGAUCAAGGUGUCACCAUUGAAGUCGUUGCUACGCGAUGAUUUGCGCCGUAAGCUUUCUACUAGUUCCACCAAUAACAACAAUAACAGUAGUAACAACAGUGGUUGCGGUGGCGUUAAUUCCAAUCCACACUCGAGGGGCGAGCCACCCACCUCGACCAGGCCGGAUCCUCGUACGAGCGGCCUUCAGUGCACCCACUGUCGCAUCACGUUUCCGGAUCAGACGUUGUAUUUCCUCCACAAAGGUUGUCACAGCGAGAGUAACCCGUGGAAGUGCAAUAUUUGCGGGGAGCAGUGCUGCAAUCUGUACCAGUUCAACUCGCAUUUACUGAGCAAGAGUCAUCAGUAGCUGGUAGGAGAAGGCAGAGAAAUACCCGCGAUUCAAAAUUCGUCUUUCCUCUUUCCGUUUCUUCUAUUUUUUUUUCUUCGUUGAACGAAAACGGCAGGAGAUAACGGUCGGUACGUACGCCUUACGUACGUACGUUCAGUGUUCAUUAGCAUCAAGUAUAAAUAUUUUCUGUGCGAUAUGUUCAGACAUACUUCUCGCCAAAAAUACUUUUGAGAAGACCGUAAGCAAGAACGCGCUUGCUGGAGUGCGACGGCGAGUCAACUGUAAAUUGUAAAUUAUUCUCAAGAAUUUUUGUGUGAAAGAGAGAGGGAGAAAGGAAGGGAGGGAGGUAUGUCUGCUCUCUCAGAAAAUAAUGUACAAAGCGCGACAAAUUGUGCCUUUUCUUUAAAAAGAGAGAAAAAGGGAGAGAAAAUUGCGAGAAAAAAUAAGAAAUUGCCAACACACACUCGUCCAUCAUGCUGUUAUAUUGUACGAACUAUCCGUCCAUAGGGCUUUAUCGAGAUAUUCCGAGCUCUAUCAUUAGUCUUAAAUUAGUAAAAUAAGUAUAGAAACGGGGCACGUCGCAAAUUGUCCCGUUGAUAAUCGCGAAAAAAAUAUAUAAAUAUAUAUACAUAUAAAUAGCUAUGUCAUACUUUUCAUCACAAAAAAGUGCGACAUUAAAAUUUCAAGUAUAUAGAUAGACUAUUUAGUUGACGCUGUGCGAUUUGUAUGUUUGAGAUAAAUGCGAUGGCGCGGAUACAGUUCAUCGGAAGUUUAUUUCACAGACGGAGACGGAGAAAAAAAGCGCAUUUAUUAUUGUUCCAAAGUCAGACCCUUUAAAGACAAAGAAAAAUUGCACAUGUAAAAUACAGGAAAAAAAGAAAGUAUGUAUACCUGUAUAGGUCUAGGUUUGAAAGUGGACCUAUGUGCAUAAAAUUUAUAUGAUUAUUUAUAUAAGAGCAAUUUCGUGAAUAGAAAAGUUUAUCUUUCAUUGACUUCACGAUUUGGAUUUUCACACUCUGAAGUGAUUUUAUGAAAACGUACAAAUUUGAAAAAAUUCGAAGCGUCGCGUUCGUCAAAAGUACAUAGGCGCGGCGAUAUAUCCCGUAUCGAUACACGUGGAUACCGUUGGAUCGCGACGCGAUUUGUCAACUGCGGCAUGGUCACUUUGGAAGGUAUUGCCGCGCGAGUUUCAUCUAUUCUUCUUUCUCCUUUAGGUAGGAACACAUUGUAUUGCACCAGUAAUGAGCCGGUGCAAAACUGUGAAGCGAGAAUGUACAGGACACAAAAGUUAGCCGGGCGUGCGUUAUUAAUUAUUAAUAUUACCAGGGGGCAAGUUUGAGAGGUGUGACUUUUAGCCAAAGGCUCGUACAUAUCGGGCAGGUAUCUCGAUGUCCGUUCGCUUUGGCCGAGGUCGUCUCUCUCCGCUUUUCUCACCUUUGAUCCGAUAAAUAUUUUAUAUAUAAAUAUUUGUACAGAAAAAAGUAUUAGAGGAGAGAGAAAGUACGAGAAGGGAGAAAAAUCGAGAUAACAUAUAUAUGUAUACACAUAAAGUCGCGUACAUUCAAAUAUACACACAGAUAUAUGUAUUGUGUGUAUGCGUUUGUACCGUCUUGCGCAAUGAGACGAAGAGAUGAUACACGUACACGUGGACACUGCUGUAAAUGGUUGUAGUUAUUUAAAUAUGUAUAUCGCGUAGUAUUUAAUACGAUUAUAAUUAUUUAUUAGAGUUUAAGUAAUUUAUUAUUGCUUUGCAUUCCAAGAGAACCAGAGAUCACGAAACUAUACGAUUAGAUAAGCGAAUGUCUUAAGUGUUAACGGUACUUUUCUAAUAGACUCGAUGCCGCGUAAUAUGAUUUACACAACCAGCGAAUUUCAUGUGUAAAAAAAAAAGAAGAGGCGGAAAGGGAAAAAAACGAUAAAUGUCGAGAGAUCCAUCGGACAGAUCUCGCGCGUAAAACGAAUGCAACGUACACGAAUUAUUACUAUCUUCGAUCGAUAUAACGUAUUUAAGAGCUGUCGCGAAACUACCACUAUUUUGUACGCGGGGCACGUAUGUUCAUUAUUAGGGACACAUUCGUCAUUCGCACUUUCGAUCCUUAUUAUUAAAGCAUCAUUGACGUACAAAUCUUUUUAGAUACCUUUAAAAAAAAAAAAAAGGAUAUGCGCGCUUGUCGUACUCUUGUGCAGCUCCUCGGGGCGGAAUCGUGAACAAAAAAAGUGCCUGAUUGGGAAUAAUUCAUCGAGGAUAAAAGAAAGUUGUGUGUACUCGUGCGAGGAGAGGGAGGACAGCAGAGAGCCUUUGAUCGAAAAAGAGAAAGAGAGAAAACGCGCGGAGAAGGAAUGAGAAGAGAAUGAAAGGUGUGAUUUAAAAAUACGGAUAUACAGGACACAGGAGCGUGUGUGUUAACCCGUGUUCACCAUAUGUGCUUACCGCUUUAGCGUAUAUAGCGACGCCUUUACACUGUGAUCACGUUUACAAAGAAAAUAGUCUUAAAGCUAGAAGAUAGACGUAAAGGUAUAUAUCUUAGGGCAAGCGAGAGUACGACGAGCACAGCCUUGAGUGUAAGACAGGCGUUUAGACACCCACGACAAGAGCUACCCACCUUAUUCCUUUCUCGACUUCCCCUCCCCCCCUCCUCCUUCUCCCUCAUCCUUCCCCCUCAUCCUUUCUCCCACAAUUUAUUUAUACAUACGAAUAAAGAUAUAUUUAAAUCGAUAAGAAUGGAAUAAAAAAAUAUUGUUGAUGUUACUACGGUGUAAUGGGUACAAUCUAAAUACAUGAAUAUUAUGUAUAUAAGGAAUAGAACGAAGAAUUUUUAUCGUACACGUCUUAUUCUUUCUUUUUGAUUUACCAAUCUUCAAUUUUAUUAAUAAAUCCAGCUUUUGCGCGUACAUAUGAUACGUGUAAAUUCACGACUAGAGCACAUUUUGACACCUCUCGCUUCGUCAAGAAUUUAGGUAAUAAGUAUUGCGCGUGAUACUUUCCAAUAAUACCGGCGAAAAAAAGACCACAAAAAUAGUUCGUUUUGUAACUGAAUUGUAUAAUGUCUUAUGAUAAGGCAUUAAUCAUAAAAAAAUGUUAAAGUUGAAACGA